ACUGUUUUUCAUCUUGUUUCGUUUUGCCAUAGGGUGUGGGGAAUUAACUUAACUGUUUUCUUUGUUUAUGAAUGCCUUGUUCUGCUCCAGUGUGCCAUCUUCUUCCGUUUUGCCUUAGGGUGUGGGGAAUUAAGAUCAGGUGUGCCUCUAACUUUGUUUUAACAUAGAUAUUUUGCUGAUGUGCCUCUGAUUCUGCACUCUUCGUCUGACUUUGUUAUAACAGAGCUGAGCUCCAAGAAUUGUCGUCAAAUCAUUUGUGCUGAUCCCUCCUAUUUUCAUUAUGAUGGCUUCAAAGAACAGUAGUAGCCCGGUUUUGAUGGCCAUUUGUUGUUACGGUAGCGAAGCUGUUAUUAUUUCCAUCUGUGAGGACACAACUCUUGAUCAAAUAUUCAAGAAAAUAGUGGAAAGGUGGAGACAUUUAUCUUCUACAAUGAUAGAAAUUAAGUUUUAUAUUUCAAACAAAUCUAGAAUGCUUGUUACGCUCAUAAGCGAUAAAGAUGUUCAUAACAUGCAUCAAAUACAUGUGAACUUAAAUGCGGCAGUGAUCGAGAUGGUUGUUACUCAUUCUCCAAGCUUGAUCGAAGCUGCUGAUGUGGUAAUCAAUACCAGUGGCUCAUCCCAUGGUGCUGAAAUUAGUUGGAGAUCCAAAAAUAUUUCAAAGAGUAGCUCAAGUAAUUUUGUCCAAGUUGUUGAAGAGACGAGAGCUGCAAUUGAAGAGGAAGGAAGUCAAAGAAAUUCGUUGGAUGCUUGGAAAAGUUGUAUAGAGGGCGUUGGUCAGGAGUUCAGAAAUGUCGAAACUCUUCAUGACAGCAUUCGCAACUUUUGUAUCGCAAAUUGCAGAGAUUUUGUGUUCAUGAAGAACGAUCGUGAGCGAGUUACUGUGGAAUGUGCAUAUGAAGAAUGUGAAUGGCGUAUCCAUGCUUCUCGACUUGGUAAUGGUGAAAAAUUUGCAAUUAAAAAAAUGAAUGGUAACCAUACAUGUGGAGGAGGGAUGCAAGUCCGGUCGCAUCCGAAGGCUUCAAAACGUUGGGUUUCGAACAUUGUUAAAGAUAAACUUCAAGAUAUGCCAUUAUAUAAGCCGACUGACAUUGUAAAAGAUAUUCGUCGGGAAUAUGGUGUUCAAUUGCCGUAUCAUCAAGCUUGGCAUGGUAAGGAGCUGGCUAUGAAGGAGAUUUAUGAUGAUAGAUCGCUAUCUUAUGACCGAAUUCGGUGGUAUUGCGACGCCAUUGUUCAAACCAACCCCGGCAGCAUUACAAAGUACGAAACAAUUGAAGGUCGAUUCAGACGUCUGUUCAUUUGUUUUCAUGCUUCACUAUUGGGUUUCAUAAAAGGAUGUCGACCUCUAAUUUUUAUGGAUGGGACAUUUAUAAAACAUAAGGAUGGGGGUGUAUUGCUUGGCGCCACUGCCAAAGAUGGCAAUGAUGAUAUGUUUCCUAUAGCUUAUGGUGUGGUAGAUACAGAAACUGAUGAGAACUGGGAAUGGUUUUGCUAG